ACCAGCAGCUCCGACCUGGGCGGCCUUCCUGAUGCAGCUGCUCCUGCUCCUCCUGGCCUUCUUCCUGCCCCCUGGGGCAGAGGCAGGGGAGAUCAUCGGGGGCCAUGAGGCCAAGCCCCACUCCCGCCCAUACAUGGCCUUUCUUCAGAUCUGGGACGUGGGAUCUCAGAAGAGGCACAACUGCGGUGGUUUCCUGAUACGAGAAGACUUCGUGCUGACAGCCGCACACUGUUGGGGAAGCUCCAUAAACGUCACCCUGGGGGCCCACAACAUCAAGGAGCAGGAGAAGACCCAGCAGGUCAUCCAUGUGAGAAGAGCCACCCGCCACCCAGCAUAUAGUUCUACCGACCACUCCAGCGACAUCAUGCUGCUGCAGCUGAAGACAAAGGCCAGGCGGACUGCAGCCGUGCGGCCCCUCAAGCUGCCCACUGGCAAAGCCCGGGUGAAGCCAGGGAAGGAAUGCAUUGUGGCCGGCUGGGGCCGGACCGCCCCGGUGAGCAAAGACUCAGACACACUGCAGGAGGUGAUGCUGACCGUGCAGGAGGACAAGGAGUGCGAAUCCCUCGCCCGACCCCCCUAUCGUUACGACAAGACCAUCGAGAUUUGUGUAGGGGACCCAAAGAUAAAGAAGGCUUCCUUUAAGGGGGACUCUGGAGGCCCUCUCAUGUGUGACAAUGUGGCCCAGGGCAUCAUCUCCCAUGGAAAAGGCAAUGGGAUGCCUCCACGUGUUUGCACCAGAGUCUCGAGUUUCCUACCCUGGAUAAAGAAAACCAUGAAAAGGCGCCAACUGCAGGAAGCAGACUCAGCCCCCUCUGUGACUGACCAAGUUCUCUGGACCUGAGUCCACAUUUACAUCACAGGAGGCAGGUGCCAGCAGCUGAAUAAAUGUACGCUAGCUAAA